AUAUGAAAAAAAAAAAGAAUAUAAGAAAGAGAAAGAGUCAAUUUUUCGAAAUCCAACCGCUCCAAUUCCUCAAUUGGUUUCUCACCAAAUCCCACGAAUUUAAAAACCCAUCUCUGAAAACCAUCUCUCUUCAAUACCCAGAUCCCAUUUUCUCUGAAUUUUGAUCCUUUUCUUCAUUCUUCACCAACUAACAAAUAUCCUCUGUUUCUUCAGCCAGAAAUGAGGAAAAAAUAUCCAACCUUUUGACAAGUCUCUGCCCAAACAUACAUAGUUUCCUCCCCGUUUUCUUAGCUUCUUGCUUUUCUUUCGUUUUUUGUUCUCUCUUCUGGUUUGAUCCUUGAAGAUUACUCUUUUCCUAAUUAUAGUUCUUUCAUAAAAUUCAAAUAACCCAAAAAAAUCCCAUAAUUCUAGGAAAUAUAGUCAUUUCUGUUCCUCAAAAUCCCCUGCUGUCUCUGAACUAUUUUUUUGGAUUUCUGACUCAAAAUUGUCUUAUCCAAUUCAAGUCCUAGCUGUCUCUCUGACCUUCCACUUCAAAAAUCCCAGCUGGGCUUCUCAAUUUUGAUCGAAAUUCAAUCAUGGGAAUCCAGAAAGACAGAGUGAGAUUCAAUGUUGGAGGUAGAAUCUUUGAAACAUCUUCAACAACCCUUGCCAACGCUGGCCGAAAUUCAUUUUUUGGAGCGAUAUUUGAUGAGAAUUGGACUCUACAAUCUGAUCAUUCCGAUGAAUACUUCAUUGAUCGGAACCCGGAUUGCUUUGCAGUCAUUCUUGAUCUUCUCAGAACUGGAGAGCUUUACAUUCCUGCCAAUAUCCCAGAAAAGCUUCUCUACAGAGAGGCUCUGUUCUAUGGCCUUCUUGACCAUGUACGCUCUGCGAAAUGGGGUCAAUUUGAUGGCAAUAGAUUGCAGCUUUCGGAAUCAAUAACAGGUCAAGCACCAGGAGAUGGAACGGCAAUUCGAGCCGGUCCAGAUGGUGGUUGCUGUGUUGCACAUGGUAGCAUGGUUCAUGUGUAUGAUUGGAUGCUAGAAGAGCAUGCACCAAUUACUCUUGAUUACCAAAGAGUGAAUGAUGUUGGUUGGAUUGACUCGGAGAACAUUGUGAUAAGUGUGUGUGAGAGAUUAGGCCGUGGAGAUGGUGGGAUGGGUUUGUUUAGUUCAUCAACGGGGGAGCUGAGGGACAAGUUUCAAGUCAGUCAUGAGAAUCAAGUUAAGAGCUUUACAGCUGGGGCUUUGAGUUUCAGUUCAGAUUAUAAGAUAUUUUCUAGUUGCAAAGGUAGGAGCAAUGAGUAUGGGAUUGGAGUUUGGGACCAAGUAACUGGAAAACAGAUUGAUUUUUUCUAUGAGCCACCUGGUUGGUCACUUGGUGAUGCUGACAAACUACAGUGGUUACAUGGGAGUAACUGUUUGUUGGUUGCAACUUUGUUUCCUAGGAAGGACAACUGUUACAUUAGUUUGUUGGAUUUUAGGGACAAGAAGAUGGUUUGGUCUUGGUCUGAUAGUGGAGCUCCUAUAACUGUGGAUGAGAAACGGGUUAGAGAUGCAAUAGCAAUGGAAGAGAAUAGCUCUAUCUGUGUGGUGAAUGAAUUUGAGGAUUUGGGAUUCAUGGAUUUGAGAAGCACUGCUGGGAGCAUAAGGUGGAGCUCAAGAAGCCGGUUGAUGAAGGGUAAUAAUAAUAUGCCUGAUGAGCCUUGUUACCCUAAGGUGGCAUUACAUGAAGGGCAGCUAUUUUCAUCAAUGAAUGAUUGCAUAUCAGUGUUUUGUGGUCCUGAAUGGGUAUUAACAUCUCGGCUACGACAUCGACGAAGCUCUGGAGGUUCAAUAUGUGAUUUUUCGAUUGGGGGUGAUCGCCUUUUUGCACUGCAUAGUGAGGAAAAUGUGUUUGAUAUAUGGGAAACCCGACCCCCGCCGAUUAUAUGAUUCAGUUAAGGGGGGUUUGCUAGUUUUGGUGGUUGUGUUUCUUUCUUUUUGAUACACAUGGUUCUCCUUUUUGUUUUCUAGGAUUAUAGAAGAUUGAGUUGCAGUAGAACCCUAUAGGUUAGGACACAUAGAGGUUCCAAGCUUGCUAAGCUUGAUAGAGUUUGCUAAUUGUUAGAGAGAUGAAAGUGAAUACUUAACAAAGUACAACCUCAUAUCUAUAUAACGAGUGUAAAUGGGGGUUUCCCAUUAUUACAAAAGAAAUGAAAUUGAUUGUUCAACUAC